AUGAUAAUUUUCUUCGUUUUACUUUUUAAUGCAGAGAUUGCUAACUGCGAAGCAGACAUCGCCUUUUUUGCCGGGCGUCAUCAUAAAGAUACAAGGAAGUGGCUAUUUGACGAUUUUGACAAGUGGUUCAGUUACCCUGGGGAGUCCAGAGCUUAUGUUCUCCUUGGAGAUGCAGGGGUCGGUAAGAGUGUGAUAGCAGGAACUUUGGCGCAGCGUAUGACGAAAGCUGGACAUCUUGGUGCUGCUUACUUUUGCCGUCAUUAUGAUGGCACAAGAAAUGAUCCAAGGAAUCUCCUUGGGACUAUAUCCUGUCAGCUCUGUGAUUGCAAUAGUGAGUACAAUAGUAGAAUGGGAGGGGAGGAUGGUGUAAGAAGGUUGUUAGCCAAUUCUAAUUUAGGGGUGCAGGAACUAUGUACUAAAUUACUAGAAGAGCCACUAAGUAAGUGCAAGCCAUUUCCGCAACGCAAAUUAGUCAUUAUUGACGCUCUAGACGAGACAGAGUACAAGUCCAGGAAAGAUUUCAUUUGUCUUAUUAAAGAGCGUUUCCCCCGGCUCCCAGAAUGGCUCGUGUUCUUUAUUACCAGUCGCCCUGAAGACAUGUUACAGAGCAGAUUGGAGAAGUACAACCCGUGUAUUAGGAUUUGCGCGGGAAGUGGUGAACGGCGCAACUUCUAUCACCAGCAUGAACAGGACAUUCAGCGAUUUUUAGAAAAAAGUGUAGAUUUCUCCCGUUUCCCUUACUCGGCGGAGGACGUGACAAGAAAGUGUAAGGGACUAUUCUUAUAUGCUUUCUAUAUUGCGAGAGAACUUAACGAUUCGUUUCAUUCAGGUAAGGUUGAUCAGAUAAACGAGCUUUUUCCGGGGGAUAUUGAAGACUUCUUUCAAACGAAUUUACGGCGUGUCUACGAUAAGGUAGGCAGAGAUCUGUACAGCAAGUUAUUGGGCUGUAUCAUAACUGCACCAUCUCCGCUUCCCGUGUCCUUUAUUUCGUUUGUUCUCCAGAGAGAGAGUUCAGGUCUUAAUCAACAAGACGUUAUCGAUGCUGUUUCCCAAUUUGUUGUGCUACAAAAGACAGUGUCUUUUCUUCAUAAUCUGAUCCCGGCGUUGUUAACAAACAAAAAUAAAGCUAAAGAGUUGUAUAUUGUCGAAGAAGACGCAGCUUGUUACCUAAGUGAAAUUGUUAAGGAAGUUCUAUCUGCUUUUAUUUACGAUCCGGGAAUGAGUUUGAAGUCUGUCGAGAGAGAUUUACAGAGUUGUUUUGUUCAGUUUAGUGUUCAAUUAUUGUGUCAAGAUGGAGAAAAGGAUUCGCUGUUGUCUGUGUUCCGUUGUUUAACAAGUUAUCGUUUCUUGGAGGAAAGGAUUCGAAGUGGGAGAUUUGGAAUUUACCAUCUGCUUAAAGAUUUUGAAUUUGCAGCCAGCUGCCUUGCUGUUGAGGAGAGAGAGAAGCAGAAUAUCUUGCAGGAGAUUUCCAUAGCUCUGGAAAGUGAUGCUCAUGUUCUCGUAGAAAGUCCUCACUUGUUGCCGUCAUGUAUACGAAACGCGUCAGAUGUUGUCCAAGAAAGUGUUUCGAUUCCUCGAGUGUCCUCGCCUUGGUUUGAGUGGAAUAUUUUUGAAUUUUCUACUGCUGAACUUCUUUGUAGGUGUAACUGCUUUGCCACAGCUUCUAACAAGCGAACUGUGGUUGGUGCAGAGGGUCGCUCGCUCUUCUUUUUCGAUGCAUCCAUACUUCAAAUAGCAAGUGGCCCUUUUGAAAUAAGCAUAGAUACGAUUAAACAAAUCAACCAUUUAGAGUUUUCUUCGGACGACAAGUUUGUAUUUUUCGGACGGCUCGAAAAGUGGUUCUCGGUUGACGGAAGAUGUGUGGAGGACGUACCACAGUUCGCAGGAAAUGUUUUCGAUUAUCAAUGGGGUUUAACCACUACUGACGAACAUUACAUGGUUGUAAAAACGAAUCUUUUGCAAUUUCCUCCAAUGUGUGAAGGCGGGUGUUGUCUUACAGAAUUGUUUGCUUUGUGGGCUGUGAAUGAGAUUGAGAAUAGCCCAGAAGAGGAAAGGAGUUGCUCUUUUGCCGAGUUAUCAUAUAGGAUCGCUGAAAUCGGUAACAUGGGUAGGCAUGUGAGAUGCUUAAUGCAAUUUCUUGGUGUUGACCCACGGGCUUAUGGAAAUCAUGUGAUGUUCGUACCACGCGAUCCUUUUUGUUACUUUUGCUGCAGGUUAAGGGAAUUAACACAAUCAGACAAAGAAUUAUGCCUUACAGCUGUUCGUAAGCUUAUCAUUGAACUUUACCCUCGACUCUUCCGAUAUCAGAUUUGGAAUCUUCAGUCGGGAAAAUCCUUGCUGCACGAAGUGUUUAACCAGGAUGCCAGGUUAAACACGUUUGCGUAUGUUUGUCACGUGACUGCUGCUCUUGAUCUGCGGGGAAGAGGUGUUGAGUGUUCUUGGGUCGAUAAAGCUGUUUCAGUUUGUAACAUUGCUGUUGUUUCUGCCGUUUACUUUUUGCUAAACGUUAAGCUUGAACGUUUCCUGAAUGGCCAACUGGAACCCAAUUGUGAGCGGUUGAAAGAGAAUGAAGACCUCCGGAAGUCUAUGUGUCAGCUUCAUGCGAUACUCACAAAGGAAUUCUCUGAAGGAGUGUGGCUACUGAAAGAGUUGGAGGAGUUAAUUAGGUCAAAUAAUGUGCAUUUGCGCGUCAAUUGGAAAUUUUUCCUUUGUCGACUGCAAAAGCAGCUUCCUACAAUUGAAUCUAGCGCUGAGCAGCUUUGUUAUUUACUCAAGUCUGACUUUUAUACGCACUUUCCUAAAGGCUUUCUUAAUCUCUUUCACAAGGAUGUUUCCCUAACCCUUUCACCAGAAAAAAACUGGUACAUCAAGGGCUUGAUGCAUGGCAGAGUUAAUUUGCUGCGAACGAGAAUCCAAAAAGAGAAUCACAGAAAUUAUAAUUUUACCAAGGAUGAGCAUAAUAUCACCGGUGUAUCCAAUUUUACUUUAACGAACGAUGAUCUCCUUGCUGUGUAUUCUUCUGGAUAUUCACUUUAUGCUCUCUCUCUUCAAACAGGCAAAGUUUUCACUAGUGUGUCAGGAUCUAACUUUGUACUGUUCAAAAAAGAAAAGCAAGUUGGUUACUUCUUUCGUAGUGGUGGUGAAGAAAAGGUUGUCUUUUUAAACAAUCUAUUUAGUCCUUUCAAAUUUUUUCGACGGGUUCGUUUCUGCCCCGUGAAGACUAUCGCAGCGAUGUUCAGUUCAAGCCAUACUGUGACGUGUAUUAGUUCCAGCUCAGCCGUUACGUUUUGCAAUUUUAAGGAUGAACAUGAUAUCGUGGUUUUCUACUACAUGUCCUCUUUCGGUUUGACAAGUUCUCCUCCCAAGUUUGCGCCCCGCCACCCAAAAUGCGUCUUUUCGCCAGAUGCAAAAUGCGUCUUUUCGCCAGAUGGAAAACUUAUUUCUGUACAGUACAAAAACGAAUUAACGCUACACAACCUAACAGAAUCUAAAAGAUUUCAUUGUACAGUUUUUGAGGACAAGUUUGGUAUCAUGGAUGCUUGUUUGCACUUUACCGCUGAUAGCGGCUUACUUUUCGUUUGUAUUCAGGACGACUUCAAGGGCUCGCAUUUCUAUGUUUGGGAUGUUAGAAAACAAGCGAUGUUAGAGUCAUUUGAAUCACCAGGACUACUACAGACUGUAGAUUGUUUUUGCCUCUCACCCGAUAUGGGUAAGCUUAUACUGUGUGGUUACUACGAAUUUGAGGUCUGGAAGUUCCAAAAGCAUCCUUGCUGCUUACUGAAAAGAGUGGAAGUGGGGAGUUUUUACAAUCCAGUUAGGUUCAGUCAGUGCACUGUUUCGCUGGACAGCGAGUUUCUAGUUUGCUGCAUCGCGAACCUAAUCUUUGUCUACAAUCUGUCUUUAGUUAAUAUCCAUUCCUCUAGGCAAAUCUUACGUGGUCAUCUCGGUAAAAUUGAAUUCUGCAGGUUUCUAAAAGUAAAUCGUUACCUUAUAUCCUAUGCCAUUGAUGGAAUGGUAUUCCUGUGGGAUGUUGCCGAAUCAAAAGCCAUUGGAUUCGUGAGGAUUACACAUGGGGAAGAAAAGAUCGUCUCCAUGGCCGUGUCGCCUGAAGAGGACAAAGCUAUUUGUUUUUCAUCUGCAGAUCGAGUAUGUGUGAUAAAUCUUUGCAAGCUCGAACGUGCAUUGUCUUCGAAAUUCUUGACGGCACCGCCGAAAGGCAUGGUAGAUACAAUUCAGGCAAGACUACAGCCGGUAGGGGGAAUCCCUUCAAGGGCCAACGUUCCAAACUCGUCAUCUAAAGAUGAAAUGUUAGAUGCUCCUGAUUUGGAAGAACGCUUCUUGUUAACGGCUAACUAUUUCUUCGAAUCGGACGACUCCGACUGA